AUGAAAGAGGAGGAAGGAUGGCGAGCGCAGCACGCGGCAGGCCGUGAUCCCAUCCACGGAACCUCGAGCAGAUCCGCCUUGGUCUUCUGCCUCCGCCUCCACGACUUCUCCGACUCGAACGGCUUCAGCUGGUUACGGCCGAUCUUCGGCGUGCCUGGCGGCGCCAUCGAGUCGAUCCUGGACAGGACGCGGCCCGGCCGGCCCGCGGGCUCGCGCGUGACCAGCCCCGGAAGGAUGGCCAUUGCCGUGCCGGCGCGGCAUAUCGCCGCCGCCGCCGCCACGCAGGCCGCGGCACAUGGCAGCAGGGCGGCUGUCCUCCCG